CGGAUCUGUUUCAUUUGAACCGAUCCCCAGUUGUAAAGCCUUGGUUGCCAUUCCUUCGCUUCUCAAAUCUCAACUACCAACUUCCAAGACGUGAGAAAGAUGUUUCAAAAUCCUUUCGGCAAGUUAAGGAGCGAAAAAUCAAAGCAAGUUACAGAAGGGUUCUUCGCUUCGUCUUCAAGAGCAAAGGGGUUUCUUCGCGUUCUUUCUUUGUUCUACUAGUGGAACGGUGAAGAUGUUGUUCUUCUCUUAUUUCAAGGAUUUAGUGGGAAGAGAAGUGACAGUCGAAUUGAAGAAUGAUCUAGCGAUUAGAGGAACUCUUCAUUCGGUCGAUCAAUACCUAAACAUUAAGCUCGAGAACACGAGGGUUGUUGAUCAAUACAAGUAUCCUCACAUGCCCUAGAUUUGGAGGUUGAUCUCCAUUGGUACCUAUCAGAAGAACCUGAGAUCUGGAGCGAAGGAUGUCUUCCCUUGGGCGACAUCAACCCAAGAGUCUUAACCUCAAAAGGGUCCUUCUACUAAGAGAAUCAAACUCAGGUUCAGACCUGGUUCCAUACUGUUGCGCCAGAUGCUGUUGCAGGCCUUUAGAUCUGUCCUUUCCUGCACUAUUUGAAGCUGAGCUCAACUGGGUUAGGUAGAGACUGCUGAGGCGACCCUUCACACAGAAUUUCAAGUCCAGCCUACAAGAAUUGGUGGAUCUUCCCCUGCCGAAGCUUGCUGAUCUACCGCCUGCUAUGGUUUCUAUUGGGAAGAAGAAACAGGUUCUUCUUUUGUUUUAAAAGAGUUAUUCCUCUUAUUACAACUAAGCCCCUAUUCUCUAUAGUUGUGACAUAUUAUUUCCCCUACUCCUUAUAAUUCCAAAAAACCCCUUUUUCUAAUUUUCUAUGCUAGUUUGACCCUAUUAGUUAUUUUCCACUCUUUUAAGUGCUUGAGUGUUCUUGAAUUUACAAGAUUGCCCCUCAACCAUUACCUUGAGAUAUUUUAUAAUUGUUGUGGUCCCUAAGCGAUCCGAUUUCAGUCCUUGGAAUCCGGUUCCGCAUCAAAAUGUGGUGUUGUGAUUAAAAAAAGGUGUCGAUGGUGAAUGGAGAUAUUUGAAAAAAUUAUGACAUUUUAUAUUACGGUCCUGAAAGAACUCAACCCCAUAAACCGGCUUACAAGGUGAGGGGACCCAAGACCAUAUCAACCCACAUCAAUUUUCAUAGGAACCAAUGUGGGAUCAAACCUCAUAAGCUGAUAUGGGAUCGUAACAUACCACCACGCUUUGGAACCAGACAUCCUAUGGCGGCCCACUCCAGAUCAGGUAGCCCUUUCUAAGUUGUGUUUUUGCCUGGAGGCAGGUAGCCCUUUCCUAGUGGCUCUCACUCUAGAACCAGGUCGCCCCUUCCGUGAGCUGGUUGGGCCAAGGAUCGGCUGCUUUGAUACCACUGUUAUGGUCCUGGAAGAACUUAAUCCCAUAAACCAGCUUACAAGGUGAGAGGAGUCAGGGGACCCAAGACCAUAUCAACCCAUAUCAAUUUUCAUAGGAAACCGAUGUGGGAUCAACCCCCAUAAGCUGACAUGGGAUCGUAACAUUU